AUGGCUUUCAAAACAACGACGAGCGAAAACGAUGAAGCCAAGAUGCCCGGUGUGGCGUCGCUGGACGCGUUCUCGCAGGUGGAGACGGAUUAUGGCAGCGCGCUUAGCGACUUCUCAUGCUUUGGGAAGGAGUUGAUCACACCCGUGAAGCUGUGCACGGGGAAGGGGGUCCUCGACGUGUUCGGCGUGUGCUUCGACGAUGGCACUGCGCUGCUGGAGGACUACCACACAGAGCGGAAGGACACGGACCAGAAGUGGGAGCCGUGGCGGCCAACGAAGGAUGGAGGUGCGUUCCGGGGGCAGCGCCAGUUCACGUGCACGACGUUGGUGAAGGCGAUGAUGGGGAAGCCGUACGCGUACAUCGAGUACCAGCGCUACGCCCUAUUCAAGGUGAGCGGUGCGCCGACGCUCGCGGUGCAGUUCUCAAGCCAGGUGCCUGGUGUGAUGUUUGGUGACGCAUUCCGCGCGGAGGCGCUUGUGACCUUCACGCAGACUGGCAGCGGUGCGUCGGCCGAGGUGACGGUGCGUGCGUUCGGGUACGUGCAGUUCCUGAAGAGCGUGUGGGUGAAGGGCCGCAUCUUGGCGACCGCGAUGAACACGGAGCUGCCCGAUGGGUACAAAAAGCUGGCUUCGAUGGUUGCUGCCAAAAUGGCUGAUCAAUCAGGUGGUGCUCCUGCAGCUCCCGACGCGCCAGCGUCUGAUGAGGCAGAGAUCGAACCAGAUAAAUUCUCACCACAUCUACCUCUUCUGAGCCCGCAGACGAUUCUGCAGCGCAGGGUUAUGGCUCACGGUACCACAGCUCUGGCUGGCUUAGUUGUCGUGGUGUGUUUGAAAAGCGUUUGGCAGACGUUAGCUCUCACACGGGUGUCGGGAUGGGAGCUUUGCGCUGCUGCCCGCGGACGUGAGUCAGAACAUCUCGACGUUGUGUGCCAAAUGAUGGUAGCCGAGUGGAACGGUGUGCUAUCUGCAGCGCGGCCGGCGCUGGUAGCUGUCUAUCUCCUCCUCAUCUCAAUCUUCUGCGGUGUGACGUUCAAAGGUGUCGCACUCUCCGAGGCAUAG